AUGGAGCACGACAACGUGGCCGAUGAAAAUAGUCCUACCGGACUACCAUCACUUGACAAUGAGGCACCGAUAUGGAGUAUUUUACCUUCAUAUGACAUGUAUGCAUCUACUAUUUUCAAGAGUGUAAAUGUAUCAAAUGAAGGCCCGGAACCUCCGAUGUAUGAGCAUUCAUCAAUUUCAUCAGCAGAUUCCAAUCCUUUCUCGAGCAAUUCGAAUACUACAGCCACAACCUCUGUGGCGGGAGGAAGGGGACUUGAUGGUGAAAGAUUGAUCUUAGCAGACCAAUCUUCAAGUCUGUGGCAGGAAACUAUAUUGGAUAAUACUCACAGGUUGAAGAAUUUAACGGAUACUCGUAACACUGUUUCAAACGGUGUCAAACUUGAAGUCUUUUUUACAAAAGAGGUUGGCGAUUUUGGCAAGAAAUUGGAAAUAAUAGAUCCAACUCUCCACGAGUAUAAGCAAGGCGAUUUGUUGAAUGGCUAUGUUGUUAUCGCUAAUGAAACAAAUGACGAAAUUCCCUUCGAUAUGUUUAAUGUUCUUUUGGAAGGUAAUUUUAUUGUUUCAAAUACUAAAAAUGCAGCUGAUAAGAGACCGGUAGUAAUCAAAAAAUUUUUGGAAAUUUUUGAUUUUAGUGCUUCUUGGACAGAAGCGUAUGUGAAUAGAUUACUAGAAGAUAAACUGGAACAAUAUUUUUGCCCUUAUCAGCAUGAUCCGAUUGAUGGCACCCUCAUUUCAAUGAGAGGAAGACUGUUAUUGCCGAAGGAGACGUAUAAAAGGUUUUUCAAUUUUAAAAUUCCAGAAUCACUUUUAGAUUCCCAAUGCAAUGAACAUAAUUUAAGUAGUCAUGUCGAAUUGCCACCUACUUUGGGACUUUCCAAAUAUGAAGCGCCUUUGAAUCUGAAUACUCAUAUGAAAGAUUUCUCAUUCGUGGACUCUUCAGUGAGUUAUGAUGUUCUAGCUAGAUUUAUUGGACGCAAAUCGGCAUAUAAUGUAGACGAGGACUUGCGUGAUAUCGAUAGAACAAAAUUGGUCAACAACAGUGGAGACGAAUAUGUUAUCUUAAAGGAAAGAAGAAAUUACAUUAGGGUCGUUAAAGAAUCGAAACGUUUCACUGAAAAUGAAAAACUAAUGAAAUUAACUGAAAACAGAGUACUUUAUGAUAUGUUUAUGAGAAGUUUAGAUCAAAAAAUUGAGUCAGGAAACCAACUUGUGAAGUUUAUCAAUGAAGGAAAUGUGGGAGAAAUUAUAGAUGGUUCGACUAGACUAGCGGAAGCUGAAUUGCAAAUAGAGAAGGCAAAACAAUGCUAUAGAAGAGGCCCCUACAGAGAUAUAAAGCAACAGUCUUUCAAAGAAAAUAUCGAAGUAGUACACCCAAUUAAUAAAAGUAAUAUUCUCGGUCUGGUGAAACAACUAGGAUGCGUGCGGAUACAAGUACCCAAAGUUGAUCAUAUAGUGAAAUAUAUCCCUCCUCCAAGGUUCAGAAGGACUGAGAAAGUAAUAGAAUCACCUCGACUAUUAGACGUUCAAAUCGAUUUUUCAAUUGACCUCCCAUUUCAAAACAAAAAAGGGCCAGAAUUGCGACUGAUUUCGUGCGAUUUAGUCGUAUUUACAUUCAAGUCUAAUGGUGACCAAAUUCCAAUCGAGCUAAAUCAUGACUUAUUGUAUAAAAAUGAGUGUAUUCCACAACUUGAAUAUGUAGGGGAUUCGGAUAAUUUCACACAGCAUACAAAGUUACCUGUACGCUCGAAAAGUCUUGAAAUUGGUAAACUUUUGACUAAACUAGGACAUCAAAACUACAAGCUUGAAAGUCAGUUUGUGCGUGACAUGAAGGCCAUUUGCAAAAUGGAUGAAAAUUACAUGAAUUUAGAACUCACCGAUAUACUGAUACAAGCAAAUGGAAAUGAAUAUGAGAACAAUCAAAGAUCGUUGUCUGCUAUCCGUUCAAUUUCAACCUGUUCGUCGAAACCUGGAAACAAGAGAUUUAACCUUAUUGUUAACCUAGAUUCAGCAAAGUUAAAGGGAGACAAUAAAAAGCACACAGUGCCUUCUUAUGAUAGAUUCUGUUUGCUUCCAUCUUUUCAAUCAUGUUUCAUGGGUCGCUUUUAUUAUCUCAGAGUAACCUUUCAUCUUUCUAAUAACACUAUAGUGAAUGUGAAAGUUCCAGUGACAAUACAAAAGUAA